AUAAAAACACCCACCAAUACAAAUCUAUUUUUGUUUUUAUUUAUAUUCUCCAAACUGCAAAAAUCAAUGAUUUAAUGCUUCAACGAAUAAAAUAUAAAUAUUUUCAGGAAAAUACAUCUAUUUUCAUUGGGAAAUGGGUACCGAGAAGCUCGAUAUAAUUUAUAUCAACGAUAAAUAUGGAAUAGAGCAUUCCUUGUUGAUACCAUAUGAAGAUUCACUGGAGGAAUUGGCCCAUAUUUUGAUUUUAAAAUACAAUCUGCCUAUAUAUGUUGAAAAAGAAUUGACACAUCACUUAAAAGAUUUUAUUGAAGAACAAACUAAAGAGUAUUAUGAAGAACUUACAACAACUUUUAUUAAUAAAGCUAGAAAAAAGGAGUUAGACUUGGAAGAAAUUACUAAAGAAUGGGAAAAAACUAUGAAAGAGGAAAUGGUAGAAUUUGGUGAAAAACGUUGUGCAUCAGAUGAAGAGCUUUUUGCUACAGCAUAUCACAAACUGGUACAUUCCCCAGCAUUGGAAACAAUGUUGCAAUUUGAACAUGUUUAUGCAAAAGCUGUUCGACAAAAGACAGAAGAGAAAAAUCAACAAAUUAAAAAAUUAUCAGAUAGACAAAGUGAAGAAAUGAAUAAAGCACUUGACAGAUUAGAGCAAGAUAUGACAGAAUCUGAAAUUAAUGAUCUUGUAGCAAGACACUAUGAGACACAUUCAUUUCUCCAAGGUCAAUUAACCAGUGAGCUAGAUACAAUGAAAGAAGCACAGAGGAGGAAAUAUAGAGAAUGGAUUAUGCAGAUGCUUGAACAGAAUCAGGCUAAUUCAUCUUUACCUACGCCAAGUUCUCCAGUAGAUCCUGUUCCCAUAAAGGACCUACCAACUACAAUCUGCAAUAAUCUAAGCAGGGAUUCUGUAAAUUCUCCAAUUUUAGAAGAGAGCUUUACAAUUCAUUUGGGAUCUCAACUGAAACAGAUGCAUAAUAUUCGAAUUUUAUCUGCCAAUGUUAUGGAUCUAUGCUCUAUUGAAGAUAAUGAGGAGAUGUCAGAACCCACACCUCAAAUACUCCAAACAGCUUUAGGUCUUUAUUCGAACGACCUUACCGGCCUAGUAUUAAUGACAGACAACAAAAUCGGGUCGAGAUUAUCCCAAGAUUUUCAGGAAAUGUGUCAAAAUACAACUGAAUUUCAUUUUCCGCACAUAGAAGAACAAUUGAAUAAAAUAUCUAACGUAGCGAAUAAAUAUUUAAAAAAUCUUCCUGCAGAUUCAACCCGAAAUGUUAACAGCGAGCUGUUGCAACCUGGGGAUUUUUAUAUAACCAGACAUUCCAAUUUGGCCCAAGUGCACGUAAUAUUUCAUAUGGUUACUGAUGACAGCUUAAGGGGGAAUGAUAUCAAUAGCAGGCAUCCCGUGGUGUUGGGAUUGAGGCAUAUUUUAAAAACAGCAUGUUCUAAUGAUGUUACUUCACUGACCAUUCCAUUAUUAUUACAGUAUGAUAUGACAGAUGAAAUGACCACAAUUUGGUGUGAAAAACGAGCAGAGUUGGUCUUCAAAUGUGUAAAAGGAUUUAUGAUAGAAAUGGCGUCCUGGGGUGGAUCUGAACUUAAGAAUCUCCAAUUUAUGUUGCCAGAGGGUAUUUCCCAUGCAGUCUUUACGUCAAUGACCGAAAUGUUACCAAGGAUUUUCAAAGUGUGCAACCCCAAAAUAUUAAAAUAAAUCUAGUGUGAUUUAUUUAAACUGAUCAACGUGUCGCCAAUUUUAUAAUAUUAAUUAAAUAAUGGACCAUUAAGUUCAAGCGUGACAUUUAUUUCGAUGCUUCUCUAAUUUUUUGAUCCCUCUUUUGUAUAUUUAUCUUUGCUUUCAAAAUAAACUUCAGUUUCUGCAAA